CUUAUUUUUUGCGAGAACUACGCUUUGUUUUGACAGUGAUACAUAUUUUCGAGAAAGCGAUUGUCGAAGUAGUGUUUUAAGAGAACAUACGAGUUUCACUUCGAGAAGGAAUUAUUAAGAUUUUAAGGCUUUCUACUUGAGAAAGCGGUCUUUGUUGGAGAAAACAGGGAAUGAUGUGGCACGUGGAAUGAAUUGACCAAUUGCAGCACGCGCUCCCAACAGAAGCGUAUAAAUACCUGACAGUUGCUGUAGGAGCCGUCCGCCAUUGAAGACUAAAUAAGUUGGAAGGAGGUUGCGGAAACGUUGUGUGUUUUUUUAAGUAGUCGUAUAUUUAUAUAACAAUAACUUUAUAUUCGCGUAAACAUCGACGAGAACCUUCGUCAUUCGUCCUUCCUGCAGAACACCUUCGGCACAGAGCAUCUGUCUCAGUUCGGCAGUUAAAACAAUCUUGUUGUGCCAGAGACGGAAAGGUGGACGAUGUGCGCUGAAAAUUAAAGUGCAUUGAAGGAUCAUUCUAACCUACCAAGCUCGCUCUGAACACCUAGAGAUUUAAAGAUGUCGGACAUCAAAGGCUUCCAGAAGGUAGCCAUGAGUGGAAACCCUCCACCGCCUGAGUACAAAAACCCUAAGAAGCCUGGACGACUGACCAAUCAGUUGCAGUAUCUGCAGAAAGUGGUGGUCAAGGCUUUGUGGAGACACAAUUUUGCCUGGCCCUUUCGGCAGCCAGUGGAUGCUGUGAGACUGAACCUCCCUGAUUACUACAUGAUCAUCAAGACCCCAAUGGAUUUGAGCACCAUAAAGAAGCGUCUUGAGAACAAUUACUACUGGAAAGCAAUGGAAUGUAUCGAAGACUUCAACACAAUGUUCACAAACUGCUACAUGUAUAAUAGGCCAGGAGAUGACAUUGUGCUGAUGGCACAAGCCUUGGAGAAGCUGUUCCUGCAGAAAGUGGCACAGAUGCCCCAGGAGGAAACUGAAGUCUCCAUGGUUACACCAAAGGCACCUGGAAAAGGGAGGAAACCCCCCACAGGCAAUCCGACAGGUGCAGUGAAGUUAAAGCCACAGUCCCCGGUGUCUGAGGUUGUGUUUCAGCAGACUGUAACAGUUAUUCCCCCUGAGAUGCUCCACUCGAUCCAACCUGCACCACUGUCAGCGCAGAUUGCUGCCAAAAUCAGAAAGGGUAUUAAAAGAAAAGCGGACACUACCACUCCGACUGCUUCCAUUGUCACAAGCAGUGAGUUGUCACCUUGCACCGAACUGAAGCCCUGCAAGAUAAUCUCCCGGCGAGGCAGCGGGAGGCCCAUCAAACCGCCCAGGAAAGACCUGCCAGAUUCUCAACAUCAACAUCAGGUGGGCAAGAAGGCCAAACUCUCUGAGCAACUCAAGCACUGCAAUGGCAUCCUGAAGGAGAUGUUCACCAAGAAGCAUGCAGGAUACGCCUGGCCCUUCUACAAGCCCGUGGAUGCAGAGCGCCUGGGCCUACAUGACUACCACGAUAUCAUAAAGCAGCCCAUGGACCUGGGCACCAUAAGGAAAAAGAUGGAUGACCGUGAAUACAAAGAUGCCCAGGAGUUUGCCUCAGAUUUCAGAUUAAUGUUCUUUAAUUGUUAUAAGUACAACCCACCAUCCCAUGAAGUGGUGGCCAUGGCAAAAAAGCUUCAGGAUGUGUUCGAGAUGCGCUUUGCAAAAAUUCCAGAUGAGCCAGUUGAGGCAGAGCGCUCAACACAGCCCUGUAAGCACAGGGAAAAGAGAGAGAAAAAGGACAAGAGGGACAUGGUGGAGAGCUCGUCCAGCUCGGAGAGCAGCACAGAGAGCUCCUCGGAAUCGGACAGCUCCUCGGACACGGAGGAGGAGGAGAGAGCCCAGCGGCUGGCUAACCUACAGGAGCAGCUGAAAGCUGUGCGUGAGCAACUGCAAAUACUCACCCAGACCCCCUUGCUAAAACCAAAAAAGAAGGAAAAAUUACAGAAGGACAAGAGGAAAAAGCACAAGAAGGAACCACUCAGGCAAAAAUGCGAGGGGAGAAAACCGAAAUCCAAAGUAAAGAAAAGGUCCAUCAAAGACCCAUCCACAGUCCAGAGUAAGAAGAGCAAGCUGGCCAUGGCAGCGUGCGAGUCGGAGGACGAGGAGCCACUUGUGCCCAUGACAUACGAGGAGAAACGGCAGCUGAGCUUGGACAUUAAUAAACUGCCUGGUGACAAACUCGGCAAAGUGGUGAACAUAAUCCAGUCCAGGGAGCCCACAUUGAGAGACACCAAUCCUGAGGAGAUUGAGAUUGAUUUUGAAACCUUAAAACUCUCCACUUUGAGAGCGCUGGAGAGAUACGUUAUGACUUGUCUGAGGAAAAGGCCUAAGAAACCAAACCAGAAAAAUCCAGCUAAGCCCAAAGUGCAGCGUGAUAAGAAGAAACAGGACCUUCAGACGCGUUUGCCCAGUGUCAGCGAGCAGCCGAGUUUUGUCAAGAAGACUAAAAAAAAUCGUGAGACUGCGGAUGUGACUAAAGCGCUGGGGGUCCCCUCCAGACUCAGCGACAGCAGCACCUCCUCAAGCUCUAACAGCAGUAGUAGUGAUUCUAGCACUUCAGAUAGCAGUGACUCUGAAUCAGAGCAAAAGACUAAGAAGAAACAGAGCAAAGGGAACAGUGAUUGCAAAAUUAAAAUGAAGGAAGUGAAGCAGAUUACCUCUGUGCGGAGCUCCUUGGUAAAAAAGAUGGACAGAGCUGUGCUUCAAACCAGCAAGCAAUCUGCCACACUGAAGCUCCCGUUGCCUGAGCCCAAUAAGGUCCAGGCCAUACAACAGGAAAUGGCCCAUCCUCUUGAAGGCAUUGUAUCACCUCCAGCCUUACACAGCCGUCUGCCGCCGCAGCCGUCAAGACCUAGCACCAAAGCAUCACCUCUACCUCGCAAAAACAGGGCCUCCUCCCUGCAGCUUGACACCCUCCCACCACAGGAGCCCCAGCUGGCAGCCCCUCCAUGCCCCCUCACUUUCCCCUCUGGCCAUCCCUCUCUGUCCACAGAGGCCACCUCCCAGCUCCUCAGGCAGCACCCCUCCCCCAGCCCCCUCAGUUCGGCCCUCUCCGAGCUCCUCCCAGCACCCCUGCCCCCCCAGCAGCCCCAGCCCUCCCUUCCCCAAUCACAGGAGGCCCAAACUGAGCCAUGGUCACUCAGCCCUCAAAACCACCCAUCCGCAAAUUCGCCAAAUAGGGUACAACCGGAAGGAAUCUCUGCACUUCUGUCUCCGCUUGGUUCCCCACCUGCUAUGCUGUUCUCUAACGGUGGAGCUUCAGUACCUGCAUUACAGCACCCUGCUGCAGUCAGGAUGGAGUGCCAGUUGCUGUCCCCUCUGCAAGAGAGCCCGUUGGACCCUGUGAAGGAUGAGCGGAAGCUCUUGGAGUCAGAAGAAGACGCUUGUCCGGAGACACUACACAGUUUGCACAAUACCAGUCAGUCUGAAGGGGGGCAGCGUAACAGCUGUGAUACAGUUCAAACAUCUGAAGCAACUCGCAUCGGUAUUCCUAAUACAUUCAAAGAUGCAAAGCCCUUACUCCCCAAAAAGGAUAUUGUUCUCAAGAAUGCAGACUCCUGGGCCAGUUUAGGAAAGCUGGCCACUUUCACCCCCUCCACAAUAAAGUCUUCAAAGGAAAGCUUCCAACAGUUCCGAAGGGCAGCCAUGGAGAAAGAGGAGCGGGAGAGAGCCCUCAGAAGGCUACAGAUGGAGGUGGGGCGGGAGAAGAAGCCAGUCCCAGAAAAGCUCAGAGAGGAGCAUGAGGCAGUGGAGAGCACCCCUGCCACUGACACUGCUGCUGCUGACCCCGUGAAGCUGGCAGAAUCGGUGAAACCAGAACCACCACCAGUGACUGAACAGGGGCAGCAGCUGACAGCACAGUCCUCGGUGGACCGGGACCGGGAAAUGGCCCGGAAGAGGGAGCAGGAGCGCCGCAGGCGGGAAGCUAUGUCAGGCAUCAUUGAUAUGACCAUGCAAAGCGACAUCAUGGCGACGUUUGAAAAGAACCUGGAUUGAAAUAAGCUUCGUGCAGCAUUCAACAGAUUCCUUGAAUAAUAUAGUACAUACCACUGUUCCAGUAAACAGUAUGGACUCUUUGCUGAUAUUGGAUAUCUGAGCCAAGCAUUUUGGUGAAUGAAACGGGUCAUUGUUAAAGAAGAAACUUGCUGCAUGGCAGGUUCACUUAGCAUUUUAAAUGUAGUUCUUGUAAGAUAUUGUACAGUGUAAAAUAUUAUGAUGUUGCCCAUACACUCUAAGGACCACCUUUUGGCUGAUUCUUGCCCCUCUUUUGUACAGGUGACAGUUCUGAAAUGUGCACUGUGGUUCUGUGUGUGAUUGAGCAGAUAUUACAGAAGGGUUAAAAAGUGAAGUAUUGUAUUAGAACUAAAAAAUGCUCCACCAUUUAAAUAAACUCACCCUCACUUCCAACACAUUGAAUCGUAUGUUUUGCAAUAUUAAGUUGGUAAUUCGAGCAUAGUAUAUUAAGCCUUUGAAAACCAGGUUUACAUAUUCAUGUUACAUUCCACUGCUUUUACUUUUUGUUGUACACAAGUUUUUUGUUUUUUCCUUUGCUGUAUAUCUUCCCUGUUAUGGUUUUGUACCAGUGGUGACCAGUACUGUAAUGAAUAUCUGUGUAUGAUUUCAUCCUCUUUAACCAUCUGUACUUCUGCAUUUCAUGGUACUAAUUCAGUAACCAAUGCAGAAAAUGCCUGUGCUUUGAUGUUCUGACUGAAUUGGAAUAGUUGUAUGUUUGUUUGUGUGUGUGUGUGUGUGUGUGUGUGUGUGUGUGUGUGUGUGUGUGUGUGUAAAAUUGUGUUUAUUUGUAAUAAAAUAAUUACUAAUAACUUAGCAUUUUCUUACCUGGAAGUAGCAGUUACCUUUUUGCCAAAUGUUGGUAUUCAAAUGUGGGAUUUGUUUUUUAGGCCACAGUUUGCUACCCUUGUUUGAGUGUCACUCAAAAGUGCAGUGCCAUAAAGUGGUGUGCUUGUAGCAAAAUUUAGGCAGUACAUGCCUAAUCUGAUAUUCAUUUUACUAAUACAUAAAAGGCAAAAAUAGAUGCAGAAUGUAACCAUUCUUGUCUAUUAUAUUAGAAGGCAUUUUAAUUUUCAUUGUAGAAACUUGAAUAUGUGGAGUGUGAUAUUGUUUUGUUGAUCCUGUGAUAUUCAGGCAGUUCUAGUGCUUUCCCACUUUGGCUGUACUCGAUACAGUAGCACUUUAUCCUUUUCUGUAUCCGUUAAGGUAUGAGAGCAUGACUUUAGAAUAUAUAAAGAACUAAUAUAUAAUUUUGAAGAGAUCACAAUCUGAAGACAAAAAUCAUUAAAAUAUUUUAAGUAAAA